CGCGUUUUACUUUGACGACGGCGCUUUCUUUCGUGAAUGUCUCUACUAGACUAAACAUUUUCAUUCUCUCUUUCUUGUACUGCCUUUUUGGUUUGGAUCGUACUGCUUCUCUUUUUUCCAACCCCAGUUUCACACAAACUUUCCAGUUUCCACAACUCUAGCCACAGGCCAAAAUAAGGUCAUGUUCCAUGGGCCUUUCUUCUUUUGAACCCACCAUUUAUUUCAUCAACUCUUCAAUUCUUUACCGUAUGAGUCUUUCUUCUUACAGACCCCAAUGAAAAUUUCACUCUUUUCAUGGCUUUUCUUCGUACCCAUAUGCUCAAUUUUCCUCAACCUCGGUAUCUUUGUGGUGUCUCAAAACUGUCUUAGUGAUCAGCGAGACUUGUUGCAAAGAUUCAAGAACAACCUCCAAUUCAACCAUGCUUUGUCCACAAAACUGGUGCACUGGAAUGCGAGCUCAAACUGCUGUUCUUGGGAAGGUGUAACUUGCAGCAAUGGAAUCAACGAGGGACGCGUUAUUGGUCUCAAUCUGACCAAGGAAUCAAUCUAUGGUGAACUUGUCAAUUCAAGUCCCCUUUUCAGUCUUCAACAUCUCCAGAACCUGAGUUUGGCUUUUAACAACUUCAGCAAGUCUACGAUUCCAGCGGGGUUUGGCAAUCUGACGAAUUUGAGUUAUUUAAACCUAUCAAAUGCUGGCUUUGAGGGACAGAUUCCCUUAGAGAUUUCGAACUUGAAAAGGUUGGUUACCCUUGAUUUGUCUAUCUCUUCUUUGUGGAGUGUUUCUAUGCUGAAAAUUGAGAACCCAGAUUUAGCUAUGAUAGUUAGGAAUUUUGGGGAGCUAAAGGAACUUUAUCUUGAUGGUGUAAAUAUAUCAGCGUCAGGGAAUAACUGGUGUGAGGCCUUAUCAUCUUCACUGGGGAAUCUUACGGUGUUGAGCAUGUCAAAUUGUUAUCUUUCAGGGCCUUUUAAUUCCUCCUUAUCGAAUCUUCAUUCCCUCUCAAUUAUUCGUCUCAAUUUUAAUCCCUUUAAUGCUCCAGUUCCAGAAUUUUUCGCAAAUUUCACAAAUUUGACUUCCUUGAGUCUCAGUUCUUGUGGAUUGUAUGGAACAUUUCCAGAAAAAGUCUUCCGGGUUCUAACACUGCAGACACUUGACUUGUCAAAUAAUGGACUACUUCAAGGUUCUUUCCCAGAAUUUCUUCCAAAUGCUUCUAUUCGGUCAUUGCUGCUUAGCACCACAAACUUUUCAGGGGCACUGCCAGAUUCUAUUGGUAACCUUACAAUGUUGUCCAGAUUAGAUUUAUCAAAUUGCAAUUUCAGUGGAUCAAUUCCUAAGUCAAUUGCAAACCUUAUUCAGUUGGUUUAUUUGGAUAUGUCGUUCAAUGAAUUCAACGGACUGAUUCCAUCAUUCAGCAUGGCCAAGAAUCUGACACAGAUAAACCUUUCUCAUAAUAAUCUGGAAGGUAGUAUCAAUUCCACUCGGUGGGAAGAGCUUAUAAAACUGGUGAAUCUUGACUUGGGUUACAAUUCAAUUGGAGGGAGUAUUCCAAUGUCCCCGUUUUCCCAUCCAUCACUGCAGAAACUACAACUUUCAAACAACAAUUUUUCUGGUGGACUCCAGGAAUUUAAUGUUUCUUCUUACCCAUUGAACACCCUUGAUUUGAGUAGCAACAACUUGGAAGGGCCCUUACCUGCGUCUGUCAUCAACCUCCAAGGUAUUAAAUCCCUCUUAUUUUCUUACAACAAAUUUAAUGGUUCCUUCCAGCUUGAUGGGAUUCAGCAACUACGGAAUCUAUCAAAUCUUGAUCUUUCUUACAACAAGUUGUCAAUCAAUUAUAAUGGUACCACUUCUUCCUUGCUCUUUCCCCAUUUUACCACAUUUAAGUUGGCUUCUUGCAACCUUCGCAAAUUCCCUGAUUUCUUGAGAAAUCAAUCCAAAUUAAACACCCUAGACCUUUCAAAAAACCAGAUUCAUGGAGAGAUACCUAAUUGGAUUUGGAAAUUUAAUAAUCUUACGUACCUAAAUCUCUCUCAUAACCGCCUUGUGACUCUACAGGAGCCUUUACCGAAUCUUCCUUCUCUAUUAAGUGUCAUAGACCUUCACUCCAACCAACUCCAGGGGAAACUCCCAGAUCUCCCACCAGUUGUUCAAUAUCUGGACUUCUCAAUGAAUAAUUUCAGCUCUGUAAUACCAACUAGCAUUGGUAUCUCCCUUAAUUUCACAAUUUUCUUAUCUCUUUCAAGCAAUAAAUUCCAAGGGGAAAUACCUCAAUCAUUAUGCAAUGGUACAUAUCUUCUAGUUCUUGAUCUAUCUAAUAACUCCUUGAGUGGCGCCAUUCCCCAAUGCUUCUACGCAAUGAGUGAGACUCUAGGGGUUCUGAAUCUAAUGAGAAACAACCUCUCUGGCACAAUAUCUGACAAAUUUCCAGGCAAAUGUGGUUUACAAACUCUAAGUCUCAACGGCAACCUACUACAUGGAAAGUUACCCGAGUCUCUAGCCAAUUGCUCAAAUUUGGAGGUCUUGGACAUAGGGAACAACCAUAUUGAGGAUGUUUUCCCAUGUUACUUGAAGAACAUAUCCAGGUUACGUGUCCUUGUCCUGCGAUCGAAUAAUUUUAGCGGGUCCAUUGGUUGUGAUGGGUCAAAUGUCACCUGGCCUACGCUUCAGAUUCUAGACCUAGCUUCAAACAAUUUUACUGGUCAGUUUCCAAAUAAAUCCUUUUCUACCUGGAAGGCAAUGAUGGCCAAUGAAGAUAAGGUCGUGUCAAAGCUCAAUCACCUCCAAUUUAGAUUCCUACAUUUUGGUCAGUUAUAUUAUCAAGACAUGAUAACAGUUACCAGUAAAGGUCUAGCAAUUGAGCUGGUGAAAAUUCUAACUAUUUUCACCUCAAUUGACAUUUCUGCCAACAAGCUUGAUGGGUCAAUACCAGAAGACAUAGGAGACCUCAAAUCACUAUAUAUUUUCAACUUGUCACAUAACGCUCUUACAGGCAAAAUCCCACCAUCUCUGGGAAAUUUGUCUGAGCUGGAAUCAUUAGACUUGUCAAGCAACAUGCUCAAAGGGGAGAUCCCUAUGCAACUUGUAGAUCUUACUUUCUUGGCAGUCCUAAACCUUUCGUUCAAUAAGUUGGUGGGGUGGAUUCCCCAAGGCAAGCAAUUUGCUACGUUUUCUGAAAAUUCCUAUGAAGGGAACAGAGGAUUAUGUGGAUCCCCGUUGGUGACAAAAUGCACAAAUGUUACAGCUCCACCACCUUCAGCAACACAAAAAUCUGAAGGCACAAGUUCAACUACUUUGAUUGGAUUUGAUUGGCAGUUCAUACUGACCGGAUUGGGUUUUGGGGUUGGAGCAGCAGUUUUUGUUGCUCCCAUAACAUUUUGGGACAAAGGAAGAAAAUGGCAUGAUGAUAGCAUUGAUAAGAUUCUUCUGGUGAUUCUUCCAAUGAUGGGAUUGUCUUAUACUGGCUGUUAUAAUGCGAAAGUGGAGGCAGAGGAAGAUAUUGAAGAUGAGAAUACAGAAGACAGUGAAGACAAUGAUGAUGAUAAUGAAAUGGAAGAUGAAGAAAUUCGGGGCCGGUACUGUGUUAUUUGUUCAAAACUUGACAUCAGUAGGAAGAGGGUCAUCCAUGACCCUCUGUGUGCAUGCCUUAACUCACCCCGCAUUUCUUCUUUUUCCUCUGCAUCCUCGUCUUCUUCAUAGUCUCAUCAUCAUAGCUAAGGUUUUCUCUCUUUCUUUUUCUUUUUCUGUUUUUUAUUUUAUUAUUUUAUUUUUUUGAAUAUAGAUAUUGAUUCAUCGUCCCAAAAUCAAAUGGUGGGAACAUCAUGGUGAUGAGAUGUACCCUUCUUUAACAUUUAUGUGAAUCCUACUAAUUAAAUUCAUGUUGAGAUUUA